UGAGAUCUAUCCUACCCAGAGCUCUGAAUCAUGGUACUACUCACUCACGUCCUGCGUUCGCUAUACGUCGGUGGCGGCGAUGGCUCAAUCGCUCGCCGCUGGGAGUUCCAAGAGGAAGAACCGCUCAAGGGUAGCGACCGGUCGCUCUUUAUUGCCAUGGGUAUUAUUGCCCUCUGCUCAUUAGGUUCCACCCUAGGCCUUCUGUCGUUCCUUACUUAUCGCUUUGUGUACUGGCAGCGGUACUACAAGCAUCCCCUCGCUAAGAACCAAUAUGUCGUUUUGAUUUAUAACCUGUUACUCGUUGAUCUGCAACAGGCCAUCGCUUUCACUAUCAGUUUGUACUGGGUGUCUCGGGGUAGUGUUCACUUUGGUGAGGCUGCCUGUUACUUGCAGGGCUGGUGGAUUCAAACCGGAGAUCCUGGCAGCGGUCUAUUUGUCUUGUCCAUCGCUUUUCAUACUGGCUUCGUCGUUCUCCGUGGUCGACAACUGCCUUGGAAUAUUUUCGUCUACUGCGUGAUUGCCUUAUGGGUGUUCAUUCUUAUCCUGGGCUUUAUUCCAGUCGGUCUCUAUGGAUCCAAGGCUUUUGUCAUUUCUGAAGCCAAUUGGUGUUGGAUCAGUCCAACACACGAGGAUGAGCGUCUCUGGGGUCACUACUUCUGGAUUUUCCUUUCCGAAUUCGGUACCAUCGUCCUAUAUGCGGUCAUGUUCAUCUACCUCCGACGCCGGAUGUCACAAGCGAAGAUGCUCCGCCGUGGCCAACAAGAGUCCCUCCACCGAUUGAACCGUGUCGUCGUAUACAUGGUUAUCUAUCCCCUCGUCUAUCUGUUCAUGUCGCUGCCCCUCGCCGCUGGUCGUAUGGCCAGCGCACGAGGUGACUCGCCCAGCAAGACCUACUUCGGAGUCGCCGGUUGCCUGAUGGCUUUAUCGGGACUCAUGGAUGUGGCUGUCUACACCCUAACCCGUCGCCACCUCCUUAUCGACACCGAGCACAGCACCACCGACCACAACUACGACAACACCGACUCCCAAUGGCAAACAAACAUCACUACCAAUGUCGGAUCCCGGUCGCGUUCGCGCAAACCCUUCAAAAUGGGAUCUAAGCUGGGCUCGAGAUUCCGCCGUAGCCAGGUCGCCGAGAAAGAAAACACCGCCAAUCCGUUCGAGGGUGGCUCCACCGAAGAUAUCGUCGCGAAGAAUGACAUGGAAAUGUCCAACUUCGGUGGUGUGUAUCAGGAGACCACCAUUGAGAUUUCUCAUGAGCCAGUGUCAGAGAUUGAAGCUGAGGAACGAAGCGCGCGUCACAGCGGCUAA